GUGGGCGCUAGUAAUCCGCCAUCACUGAACAGAGAGAAUCAACAAGAUAGCGAGAGUUGCGGGUGGCAGCUGAGUGACAAUAACAACUCAGAGAGAGAGGACCACAGACCCACAGAGAGGUCGAGGGGAACCGAACGGCUUUUCCACCUGCACGCUUCCCUGUAGCGGCCUAAAGUAGUCUUUCAUGUUAGUACAUAGACGGUAGACGAAUUAAACAUGUCCAACCUCAGCAAAGGCGGCACCAAGAAGGACACCAAGAUGAGGAUACGAGCCUUUCCUAUGACGAUGGAUGAGAAAUAUGUCAACAACAUCUGGGACCUUCUGAAAAACGCCAUUCAGGAGAUCCAGCGAAAGAACAAUAGUGGCCUCAGCUUCGAGGAGCUGUACAGAAACGCCUACACCAUGGUUUUGCACAAACAUGGGGAGAAGCUGUACACAGGCCUCCGAGAAGUCGUCACAGAGCACCUCAUCAACAAAGUACGAGAAGACGUACUUAAUUCUUUAAAUAAUAAUUUUUUGCAAACAUUGAACCAAGCAUGGAAUGACCACCAGACAGCUAUGGUGAUGAUAAGAGACAUUCUGAUGUACAUGGACCGAGUGUAUGUGCAGCAGAACAAUGUGGAAAACGUGUACAACUUAGGGCUCAUCAUCUUCCGAGACCAGGUGGUACGCUACGGCUGCAUCCGAGACCACCUCCGACAGACACUCCUGGACAUGAUCGCCCGGGAGAGGAAGGGCGAGGUGGUGGACAGGGGUGCAAUUCGGAAUGCCUGCCAGAUGUUAAUGAUUUUAGGCCUCGAAGGGAGGUCAGUUUAUGAAGAGGACUUUGAGGCUCCAUUUUUAGAAAUGUCUGCAGAAUUUUUCCAGAUGGAAAGUCAGAAAUUUUUAGCAGAAAACAGUGCAAGUGUGUACAUAAAGAAAGUAGAGGCUAGGAUUAAUGAAGAGAUAGAACGAGUGAUGCACUGCCUGGACAAAUCAACAGAGGAGCCUAUUGUAAAAGUGGUUGAGAGGGAACUCAUAUCCAAACACAUGAAGACGAUUGUGGAAAUGGAGAACUCUGGCCUUGUACAUAUGUUGAAAAAUGGAAAAACUGAAGAUCUUGCUUGUAUGUAUAAGCUCUUUAGCCGAGUGCCAAACGGCCUGAAGACUAUGUGUGAGUGUAUGAGCUCUUACCUACGGGAACAAGGAAAGGCACUGGUUUCGGAGGAGGGAGAGGGGAAGAACCCUGUGGACUACAUCCAGGGGCUACUGGACCUGAAGAGCCGUUUUGACCGCUUCCUGCAGGAGUCCUUCAACAAUGACCGGCUCUUCAAACAGACCAUUGCUGGGGAUUUCGAGUACUUCCUCAACCUCAACUCGCGCUCGCCUGAGUACCUCUCCCUGUUUAUUGAUGAUAAGCUAAAAAAAGGAGUCAAAGGACUGACAGAGCAGGAGGUGGAGUCCAUCCUGGACAAAGCUAUGGUCCUGUUCAGGUUCAUGCAGGAGAAGGAUGUAUUUGAGAGGUACUACAAGCAGCACUUGGCCAGGAGGCUUCUCACCAACAAGAGUGUCUCUGAUGACUCUGAGAAGAACAUGAUCUCAAAACUGAAGACGGAAUGUGGCUGUCAGUUCACUUCUAAACUGGAAGGAAUGUUCAGGGACAUGAGCAUCUCAAACACGACCAUGGAUGAAUUCAGGCAGCAUCUGCAGUCAACAGGGGUGUCCUUAGGUGGUGUUGAUCUCACAGUAAGAGUACUCACAACAGGCUACUGGCCCACUCAGUCAGCCACACCGAAAUGCAACAUCCCCCCAUCACCUCGGCAUGCUUUUGAAGUCUUCAGAAGGUUUUACUUGGCAAAGCACAGCGGCAGGCAGCUCACACUCCAGCACCACAUGGGCUCAGCAGACUUGAACGCCACUUUCUAUGGCCCCAUUAAAAAGGAGGAUGGCUCUGAAGUGGGUGUGGGGGGUGCCCAGGUGACAGGUUCCAACACCAGGAAGCACAUACUGCAGGUGUCCACCUUCCAGAUGACAAUACUCAUGCUCUUCAACAACAGAGAAAAGUCUACCUUUGAGGAGAUCCAGCAGGAGACGGACAUCCCGGAGCGGGAGCUGGUGCGCGCGCUGCAGUCGCUCGCCUGUGGGAAGACCACGCAGCGCGUCCUCACCAAGGAGCCCAAGUCCAAGGAGAUCGAGAACGGCCAUGUGUUUACAGUCAACGAUCAAUUCACUUCCAAACUGCACAGAGUGAAGAUUCAGACUGUUGCUGCCAAACAAGGCGAGUCUGACCCGGAAAGGAAGGAGACGCGGCAGAAGGUGGAUGAUGACAGGAAGCAUGAGAUCGAAGCAGCCAUAGUCCGCAUCAUGAAAUCCAGGAAGAAGAUGCAGCACAAUGUACUAGUAGCAGAGGUAACCCAACAACUCCGAGCACGUUUCCUGCCUAGCCCUGUGGUCAUUAAAAAGCGAAUUGAAGGACUUAUUGAGAGAGAGUAUUUGGCAAGAACGCCUGAGGAUCGCAAAGUGUACACCUACGUAGCAUAAAAGAGUGCAUUCGAGGGGGGAAAAAAAGCAUUUUUUGGACUAUGCGCAUGAACUUGGAAGUUCCUUUUAACUAUAAAUACUGGGAAGCUGACUUUUCCUCCUUAAAGAAGUAAAUAUAAAAUAACAAAAGCAUUAAGUGUUCACAGUGUUUAAAUCAGACCUCUCUUCCCUGUGACAAUUUCAAUGUGGAUGGAUCCAGCUUCAGGCUUCUCACCGUUUUACCCUUGUAGUGAUCGCCUUUAAAAAAAUCCUUGAAAACAUGAAUGCGGCACACAUAUUUUUUUUGA